GAUCCCCAGCUUCUUUCGCCUGAUAUUUCUGGUCCUUGAAGUAAUCCUGUGUGUUUACAAGGUCCUUACUUUCUCACUAACCUCUUUCUUUGUACGGGGGCAAAUAGCCACUAUACGGGCCGUGUUGACCCUUUAAAUUAGCGCCGUUGUCAUGGUGAUCCAAGGACACCCAGAAACAAAGAGAGGGAUAAGCUACACACAAAAGUCAAGUUAUUAAUCUCUACGGGAUAUCGCAAACUUAUAAGAAAAAAAAUAAGAUUUUGUUUUUUUUUAAAGCAUCAAUCACCAGUACACCCAUCCCGCCUUCUCCCCCGACGCCUGCAUUGGAAAUUCAAGGGCGACGUGUUAGCGUUUGUCGGUGGAGGUUGCAGUUGGGCUCCAUAGAGAAACAGCUGUUGUUGGCUUAAGGGGAACCCCCGUGUCACGCGGCUGAAGUGGAGUGCUCGUUGGGAACAGCCGAGACGCAUUUAGGAAUGUCGAAAUGGCUGACGCGAGGGACCGGUUACAGCGCCUGUCAAAACUAUUUGUUCUGCUAAACUUUAUGACACUCCGGGCUCAUGCCAUCGAGACAGUGAAUCUAGUGGACUUCUGUGGGCAGACCAUCCAUGGAGACGGAAUGAUAGUCAACUCGCACAGGGAGUCCCGGAAGUACUACUUCGUCACCAUGGGAACAGACUGUCACCUGACCAUGCAGGCCGCCUCACCCAAAGACAAGGUGCAGUUCCAGUUCCGCUUCUUCCUGGUGUACAGCCUCCUGAGGGUCAACUCCCUGAGCCAGCCCCACCCCAGCCCCCCCCCCGAGGGCGCGCGGCAGCUCCUCUCCGCCGGGCCCACGGGGCCUGGUCCUCGCAGUGAGGCCACGCCCAGAGACGGAGCCCCGGACCCCUGUCACGCCGGCUCCUACAUCCAGUUCUAUGACGGCAGGGACAAGGCCGCCCCGGUCAUGGGCCCGCCGCUGUGUGGGAAGAGCCUGCCCAGACCCGUUCUGUCCACAGGGAACUACCUGACGCUGCGGCUGGUGACCAGGGGGACACAGCCAAGAGUGGACUUCGUCGGGGAUUUUACGUCCUUCAGGCUCGGGUUCAACCAUUCUGAGUGCAGCGGUGAGCCCUAUUUCUCCUGCCACAAUGGGAAAUGCAUUCCCAUGAACCUGGUCUGUGAUGACCGGGGGCUGGACAACUGUGGAGAUGGCAGUGACCAGUCACCUCUACCGCCCGCAGAAUGCCGAGGGCCAAGUUCCACAGUUCCAACGAAGUCCCCAGGAAUGACCUCAUCUCCGUCCAUCUUAACCCCGCCCACUGACACCUCACCUACCAAUCAGAGCUGUGCUGGCAGCUUGCAGACUCCGCCUCUGUCUCCAGAUGCUGUUCCCCAGCCUGACUCCAUCACAGAUAAGAAGACGUACGUGUCUCUCAUUGCCCUGUACAUUGCGCUGGGGGUGAUAGCUGGGGUGGUGCUGCUCUUCUGGUGCUGCUGGUCCCCUGGCUGGUUCCUGUGGAGGGUCAGCGUCUGCCGGUUCAUCCCGUGCUGUAACUCGGCCUGUGCCUCCUGCCAGCUGUGCACUCGCAGCUGCUCCAGGAAGGAGCUCCGCUUGGCCAAGGUCACUCCCCAGAACAGCACCACGGUGGCCAUGUAGCCUGGGGCGCCAACCGGUCAACGCCGGAGCCCCGGAGUCUCCUGGAAUCGCCGAUCACUUUCCCCGUCUCUGGAUAAAAUCUCCGAGAGUUCCCCCCUGUGAGCGUGAGAUAGUGAUCAUUCCGUAUUUUCAACAGCAUCUCAUAAACGUGGUAAAAAGACUAUAAAUCCUGUCACCAAGAUGGUCAUGCACAGAGUAUUUAUACCUAAAACCUUACUAGAUUGUCAGUCACUUGAGGUGUAACAUACAAUACCGAAACCUUCAGGAGAGGAAUUCUCUAUCAUUAUCUCUGUAACAGCUUCUGUUGUUUAGGAAUCAAGGCAAUAACGAUGAAGUCUUGAAUUGCAGUGUCAUAUUAGUAUCAUUUAUUUGCUGGGAUGGAAGCUUUUUAAAUUGUGGUUAGCUGACACAGAAGUAUUUCAUGCAUAAUGCUAUCUUUUUCCAUCACGAGUCAUUUGUGUUAAAGAUAAUGCCAGCUGCCCUGGUAACAGAUGUUGCUCAUAUAUGCUUUGUCUGCCUUUACGUCCGCUUGUGAUGUUGUCGCCCCCUGACAGGCAGCCCUUUGUUGAGGAAAGGAAUAAUCUGAUCAAAGUCCUGAGUUGCAAUGGUUGUCUUUAGGCUGCAGUUCUCUCCGUGGUUUCCAUGGUGACGAACAACUUCUUUAACUAUGUUGUUCCAGGGCAAAAAUUCACACUCAGGCCUACACAUACAAAUAAAACGUUCCAACUGGUCCUUGGAUGAUGAUUUAUUGCUGCUGCUGUAAAAAAAAUGAACAAAAUAAUUGUCAACUGCAACCAGCACUUCAGCUUUUAGAGACUCCUUGCUUUUUGGGAAACGUUCUUACAAAAUAUAUUGAAAUACCAAUACUCAGUCCUUCAGUUCCAAUAUACUCAGCCGAAUAUAGUUUUUCACAUUGGUAAGCAGGCAGAGCUGGAAUUAGACUCCACUUGCAUACUAAUAUGAAAAAAAUUACAAAUUCUUCUCAGCUUUUCAGUUAAAAACAUACAUAUGUGAGUGCUGUUUGGAAAGACUACAGGCUACAGACUAGAUACAGGCUUAAUGUUCCACAUCAGACGUUUAUUUAAGUGCCGAAAAUAAAAAAGGUCAAGUACAUACUCCAAUUGAAGAGCUCACCAUCCCUUAGUAAUGAAGAAUGUAACUGAAAUACAAACAGAAGAAAAAGGAUGCCUUCUCCUGAGAUGGUUUGCCAUGAAAAACUCACUUUUUCAGAUAGAUCCAGGGAGUUAAAGAAGGAACAACUAAAGCAGUAAUCAACAUUCUUUAGCUCCAGAAUUGUAGUCUGGGACAUUCUUCAGGUAAAGUGAGAUUAAGUAUUAAUUUUGAACAAAGUUCUGUGACUCUCAAAGGACUGGAGUUGGCACGACAACACAGGGCUCUUCAGGAGGGCUUCAUUUAAUCAUGUACAGUAAUCCGUCCCUGUACGAGAAACCACUCCACGUGUUUUCAUUUAUACGAGAUGUAGUCAUUCCUAUAUUGCAUUUAAUGAGUAGAUUUUUACUCUUAUGUGCUGGGCUCUCAUAAAGCAUUGCAAAGAUUGAACAUUUCUCUUAUCUUCCCAGAUGUUCAGUUUUGGUGUGUUUUGUUUUUUAAAAAUUGAGGAAUUUACCAUUUUGUAUUACAUUUGAACUUUUAUUAUAAUUAAGGCUUGAGUCUGUGUUAAGUGCAUAUAGUAUAGGACGGUACCUAAGGUGUAUGCAUGUGCUAAUGACUAUAACAAUGUAAAGUAACUACAGUACUGUACUGUAAUUGAGCAGGAGUGUUGCUAUUUUGUAUGCAUUGCCUAAUGACUUUAAGCACGCUACUUGAAUAAUUAGUGUUAUUGUUUUCAUACUUAAGUACCAUUCUGUGCUGUAUUAAGGUGAAGGUUAGGUGUCUAAAGGAAUAUAUUUGACUCCUGGAACCAGUCAGAGAUGCCGGAGGAAUUAAUGCGAAUUUUAUUUGAUUUAUGGAUGUUUUCACCUUAUGAACAAUUUUUGAGGAACAAAUGAAACUCGUAUAUGGAAGGAUUAUAGUUUUUGAGUGAACAUUUGUCGCUUGUUAGUUGUUUCAUAUUGUUGUUAAUUCUGCCUGUAAAGUGAUGGUUUUGAGAUGAAAGAAUACCAGGGAAGGUCUUUUUCACAAAACAUAAAAUGGUUGCAACUAGAUAUGAUGUAAAUGAGUCUCAAUACUGUAGAUACACACGAAUUUCAGGCAGGCUACCCCUGUGACUUUAAAAAAAGUAUUGUAAUGUAAUGCUAUUAUAAUAAAUAAAAUUAGUGUCUUUGCAGAUGGUGUAAAGAAAUGCUUGGA